AUGGUUCUCCCAACUGUACUGAAAAGGAGGCACAGCCUAAGAGGGGUGAACCUCCUGCCUUUGGUAAAGAGGCUCAGGGAUGUAGACGUAGAGCAGGUGAAGCAGUUCGCAAGACCGGUAAACAAUGAGGGGAAACACUCAAAAACAGAAACACUCAAAAACAUUACACCGGAUCUGGACACUGUGACCGAGGAGUCUACGGAGAUGGAGAUGGAGCAGUUUGUAAGUGGGCUCAUAGACUCCCCACCCCAGGAUAUAUUUGAACUGGCGGAGAAGGAACCGAACACGUCCAAUUGGAGAUUGCUCGUGCACCUGGCAAUAGUUUAUGCUAAUGAGAAGGGACAGCCGAGAGGUCAGCAGUUAGUGGAGCCAUCAACGAGCGAUGCACCCCGGUAAAGAAAAGUAGGUCGGAAGAGGGAGCGGCGG